CCCGGCGCGCGCUUUUGCGCGCACACACUGUCCUUUCUGACCCUGCUCGCUCCCCGUCUGCGGCCGGAAGGGGCGGGGCCGGCAGUUCUUUUUCCGGCGUGCGCGAGGAGGAAGGUCUCAUUGAAGAAGGACAUUGCGGCAGCGAGAGAGGUGAGAGCCCGGGCGGCCUGUGUAUCUACCGGGCCCUGCGGGAACUGCCUCCCCCUCCGCGGUCAGCCGGUCACAGCUACAGCAACCCGGGAGAGAGGGGGGAGGACCUGGGCCUGAACUGCCCCACCCCGGGCCUCUCACUCUGUGUAUUGGGGGGGGGUCGUGUGGGACCUCCCUGUCACUCUGUGUAUUGGGGUUCACCUGUGUAUUUGGGGGUCAUUAUUGGGAUCUCCCUGUCACUCUGUCCUUAUUGGGGGGUCAUUGUGGGAUCUUCCUGUCACUCUGUGUAUUGGGGGUCAUUAUUGGGAUCUUCCUGUCCUUUCCUGUGUGUAUUGGGGAGGUCAUUGUGGGAAUCUUCCUGUCACUCUGUGUGUAUUGGGGGUCAUUAUUAGGAUCUUCCUGUAUCACUCUGUGUAUUGGGGGUCAUUAUUAGGAUCUUCCUGUCACUCUGUGUGUUGGGGGUCAUUAUUGGGAUCUUCCUGUCUCUGUGUGUGUUGGGGGUCAUUGUGGGAUCUUCCUGUCACUCUGUGUAUUGGGGGUGCAUUAUUAGGAUCUUCCUGUCACUCUCUGUGUGUGUGUUGGGGGUCAUUGUGGGAUCUUCCUGUCACUCUGUGUAUUGGGGGUCAUUGUGGGAUCUUCCUGUCACUCUGUGUGGAGGUCGUGUGGGAUCUUCCUGUCCUCUGUGUGUAUUGGGGGUCGUGUGGGGAUCUUCCUGUCACUCUGUGUAUUAGGGGGUCAUUGUGGGAUCUUCCUGUCACUCUGUGUAUUGGGGGUCGUGUGGGAUCUCCUGUCACUCUGUGUGUUAGGGGGUCAUUGUGUGGAUACCCAUCGCUCUGUGUGUGGGGGUCAUUGUGGGAUCUCUGUCACUCUGUUGGGGGUCGUGUGGGAUACUCCCUGUCACUCUGUGUGUUGGGGGUCAUUGUGGGAUCUCCCUGUCACUCUGUGUAUUGGGGGUCAUUGUGGGAUCUCCUGUCACUCUGUGUGAUGGGGGUGGGAUGGUACAUGGGAUCUCCCUGUCACUCUGUGUAUUGGGGGGGGUCAUUAUUAGGAUCUCCCUGUCACUCUGUGUAUUGGGGGGGUCAUUAUUAGGAUCUCCCUGUCACUCUGUGUAUUGGGGGGGUCAUUAUUAGGAUCUCCCUGUCACUCUGUGUAUUGGGGGUCAUUAUUAGGAUCUCCCUGUCACACUGUGUAUUGGGAGUCAUUAUUAGGAUCUCCCUGUCACUCUGUGUAUUGGGGGUCAUGGCUGUAGGAAGCCGGAGAGUGAAGGAAGAUCUGGGCCUGCACUUCAUGUUUUCUCUCCCUGUCAUUCUUGUUUCUUAUGUUCAGUUACUAAAUUAUAGGCCAACGUGGCUUAAUCAGAAACACAGAAGUGGUGGCCAUUCUUCCUAUUUGAUUUAUAGGGGCCACAAAUCUCCAAUGUCCUUGACAAUCCUUUUAUUUUUAAUUUGUCUCGUGGUCUGUGUAUGGCUCCAAAAAGAAACCUCUGUUUCUGACUGUGUCCAGAUAGGCCCUCAUCUGCAUUAUUCACCCUGGUAACACAGGGGCAUUUUCUGAAGCUAUGAAAAGGAAGUGUCAUCUUGUCCUUGAAGACCCACGGACAGUAUGGAUUAUACAACUUAUUUAGUAUUUGCGGCUGUAUCACUGUGAAGUCAUUGGGGAAUUGGAUUUUGAUAUCAAUUGUUUAAAGAUGUCUUAUUAUGGAAUUAUUCAGUUAUAGGCUCUCAAUGGGUUGACACAUGCACCGUGUAGGAGAAUGUUCCUAAACCCAUGGUGUGGCGGUCUGCCAGGGUAUCACUGCCACAAAUGCCAUUUUCCUCAUACACAACGCAAAUAAAUCCAAAGGCAAAAUAUCAGUUGUUCCAUAACCACCCCCACACAUGAGCCAAGGCUUAAUGCUGGGAGAAGACUUUUUUUUUUUUUUUUUUUUAAUGGAAGCACAGGCAUCAGAUUUAUACAGCCAGUAAGCUCCUCCUCUGUGCCUUACAGAUAGUCAGGAACUGUAGAAACGCAAUUAUCUCCAGGAACAGUAAAGUAUAACCAUUUUUAAACACCCCAAAAGUACCCCCAAAAUACAGGGAAACACCACAAGUCAUAUCCCUGGAUAGCUGGGAUAUCGGUGAUCAAAAUAUGCAAAAACCACCCAGGUCCGUUUGGUAGUUUUGGAUCACUAUCACAGGGAAGUUUUGACCGGUCUGCAAUGAGGUUGAAUCUCGAAUAGUUCCGGUGACACUAGUGUCCCUUUUUAAGAAUUGCAUUUUGCUUGUUGAAAAUGACUAGCUCCUAACUUUUUUAGUUGGCUCCCAGAUUCCAAACAUAUUUGUCAAGCCCUUCCUUAAGGGGUUAACUCGUUCUCGACUAGUUUAACCCCAAAAGUUGAUUCCCAGCAUCGAUCUCUAGGUCCCGCAGGUGGCAUCUGGCUUCUAAAUCUCCCUUACAGGAAGCGCGGAGUGCUGCCAGGCAGGUGUACCUCUGAUUGUCUAGAACGGUCAGAUGAUGCUCUAAGCCAAUCAGUAGCUCCCCAUUGAUUAUAUAAACUUGCGUUUUUAACAAUGGGGAGUUACUUCAUGCUCUAAUUCAAAAUAAGAAAGUCCUGCAAUGGAUUUUGGGUGGGCAUAUGCAAUUUAAUUCAACAGCGAACUGCUUUUUACCUCAUUAUUCCAUUUUAUACAUGGAUUCCUUGGAGUAUGUCUGCUUUUAAACACAACUGUGAUUAAGUUCCCAAGCAGGCCAUUUGCAUCACAGAGGGCAGCAACAGAAGAUAGGUGUUAGGUUUAGUGUAAUACCCAGACCCUUCAGCAAUGGCGAUAUGAAUGAUUUAUUUACUGCCGUAGGAGUUUACAUCAAGGUUUACUAGGAAGUGACAGGUUAAAGGAACCCUCUGGGCACCGGUAAAGUAAACUAGCUAUGGUGUCGGGCUAACUUUACAGCUGUGCCAGUUUUAUCACUCUAUAGCUGUAAAUGUUUGCUUCCCAUUCAACUUUAUCUAGCUUUACUAUAUGUCUCAUGGUGGCUUAUGUACAAUAACCAUUGGUUACGAACUUAUUGGAAACCUAAUACUGUAGUGUGAUUAGUUUAAAAAAAAAAAAAAAAAAAAUCUAACUGUGGUUGGCUGCGUUCCAGUCUUUACAUCAGUAGGUAUUUAAAACCUUAACGUACACUGCUCAUUGACACUGUUGGUUGUUUCUCUAUAUUUGUUAGGGUCAAAAGCAUCUCUCUACAGAGUGGGUUUCAGUGCCGUGUUUGCCUUGCUUCUAUUUGUCAUGAUGCACCUUUUGUGUUUGCAUUGAGCUAACAGUAAUGUUUUUUUCAGGCCCACAGAAAACUCAACAUGUCAUCAACUCUGCUAGCUAAACCUCAAAUGAGAGGCCUUCUGGGUAAACGCCUCCGAUUUCACAUCUUCGGCGCCUUUGCUGUCUCUCUAGGAGUUGUAGCUUUGUACAAGGUAAUGACACUAUUUAUUUACCUCUCCUGUAUGAAUGCCGUUCUAAAUCUUGGCUGUCAGUGCUUACUUGCACAUGCAUAGUUUGUGUAUUGAUCCUAAUUCCAACCUACAAACUCACUAUAACUGUGAACACUUCUGCAUCAUCCUAAAAUGGUUUAAUUUUCCAAGUAAAUUGAGACAACUUAACUGUCAUAACUUUGGUUGUAUUUCAUGUGUAUAUUUUGAUUGUGGCCACAUGCUACCUGUCUAGUUCAUCUUUGUUCUUAGAAAAGAGUCAUACAUCACUACCAGUCUAUUUGUGCACUAAUCUUUUUAUACUGCUUGUUUCAGUUUGGUGUUGCAGAGCCAAGGAAGAGAGCAUAUGCAGAUUAUUACAAGAACUUUGAUGCCACAAAGGAAUACGAAGCUAUGAAGCAAGCUGGUGUUUUUCAUUGUGUUCGACCAAGAGAAUAAUACAAUAUAAAAGGUGUGUAAGGUUUUGCGGCAAUGUUUCCAACUGGUAUUUGUUAAACAAAACCCUUUUUUAUUGCUCUCUCCAAUAAUUGAGUUGUACUUUUUUUUUUUUUUUUUCUUCAGUUACCAUUGCAGCAGGGUUUAAAAUAUUUUUACCUUGGCACAUAUUGGUAGCAUCACUGGUAAAAUGUACACGCCUUGUGAAUAGCCAUUAGUGUGGUGUUUUUUUUUUUUUUUUUUGUGUUUUUUUUUCAUGGAUUAAUGGUGGAAAACUCCCUUAUAGUAGUAUAUUGGCUGCAGUCGUUUGCAGCAGCAAAGUCCUCGCUUACACUAGUAGUUUUGUGACUUCUAUGAAGCAUGCUGUGUAUUAUUGAGUAAAUGAAAACCAUGAAUGCUGAAACUGCCUUUAGAUGUUUUUAUAGGGUGCUAGACAUUCUGUAAACUAUAGCUUUACAUUCGCUUUCUCCCACCUGUCAAAGAAUUCAUAAGGGAGUGCAGAAAAGACCUGACUGUCCAUCUGCUAUCCCAAGCAUAGCAACCAAAGCACAUGCACUGUGGUUGCUAUAGUAACUCCCUAUGGAGCCCUGCUAAAAUGGCAUGCCCUAGCUUAUUUUUGGGGGAUGCUCGUAAUAUAAGCCCUAGUUGCUAGUUCGCUAAUCUAUGUUCAGGGAAGUUUCCCCAAACAUGGAUUCACGAGAUUCCAUUUGCAAGUAAACUGAUCUGUUCUGGGACGUUUCCCCGAACAUUUACCCACGGGAUUCCAUGCACUAUUGAACUGGUCUAUGUUUGGAAGAGAGAGAGAGCGAGAGAUUUAUUAAUAUAAGACCUGGUCCUAUUUUCGGGGAAAGAUGGUUCAACUAAAGCCUGUGUCUCUCAACUUAAAGUGUGUCAUUGACCACUGUGCAUUGAGUUUCUGUAUUAGUAAUAAAUAAAGCCCUUAUCAUUUUAGUAGAUUGCAUAUCACAUCAUAUAUCAAAUGUAAAGAUGUGUUUUUAUGGACUUGUCAGUUCAGCAAAUGAUCACAAAGCCGGACAUGUUCA